AUGAAUAUCAAUUUCCGAUCUCAGCCUGAGCCUCAACUGAACUACAAAGGAACUACAAGGCAGAAGUCAAGUGACCCCAUACAAGGGACAAGAACUUACUUUGUUUGUAGACACUCCCCACAUCCCAAAACAGUAUGUCACAUUAAAGGAUUAAAUGAUGCACCUAUCUGUGUUGUACGAGACCGAGCAUACAAUGAAAGACAUUUCAUCACCCCAGGCUCAGAACACAGUCAGCCUUACGGGCAUGUUGGAACUGCAGCAGAUAAGACUUUCCCCAGCAAUGCUCUACCAAGCCUGAUACCAGGGCAAAUCAAGGCAAAUGUUCCACAUCUUACUGGAAAUGAAUUUGCAGAGCUAACGAAGCGAGCAGAAAAUACUCCUCUCUUAAAGAAAAGGGAUGACCCUCUGAGAAAAUACUUAGGAGACCGUCCACAAAGUAGGACUGCUCAGGACCUCCAUCUUUUCCCUCUUCAUAAACCAGACAUCAGGGGAAAUAUUAAUUAUACCCCACACUAUCUGGAUCAGGAAAUAAAAGUCCUAGAAAAACUCUGUGACAUUUUACAGGCAGAUACUGUUGCAGAUAUCCGAAAGUGGAUAUCAAAAGCAAGUGUGAAAGAGAAGGAGUUUGUAUCCAAUUUCAUACGCUCAGAUAUGACCAGCCGAGAUCUGUUGAAUUAUAAGCAAACACCACAGAUUGAAAGUGAAGCUCCAAACAUUCAGGCUUUGCUGAGGGCUCAGAAAGGAACACCUACUGAAUGCUACCGGGCCAGAUUUCUUUCAGAAACGGAAAGAAGUAAUUUACUUGCAAAGACAGAGAAAAUAAAUGAGAAUGUACCAUUACAGGAUCUUCCCAGCAGCCCUGCAAAGCCAUCAAGUAACCCCCAGUCUCCUUUAUCAACCCAAACCAGCACCCAUUUGUUAUACCGCAAGGCUCUCUCUAAAAGGACUCAGUCUUAAUUAGGAGGAAAGACUAUUCUUCCAACCUGUUUUGUUCCUGAGAGUCUCUGAAAACCAGCAUGACAUUUUCUUGGUGGAUAACAUGUUCUAAGUCUCUGACAGUUACAUCCAGACCUAAGCCCAAAUCUUGAACAUUAAUACAGUGAACCAAUAAUAAAAAUGCUAAAUAAAGGUAUUUUAUUCUUCUUUAUAAGAGCUCAUGACUUGUGUUUGAUA